CCGUUGAUCCCCCUUAAGGCCUUCUCCUUCCUCCGCGCGCUCUCCGUUCUCCCCGCAUUUCUUCUUCUUCUUCUUCAUCAAUUUUGGAUGGUGUUCUUCUCCAUCAAUCGAGGAACUUUUCGUCGUUUCUUCUUCUUCUUCUUCUUCUUCUUCUUCUUCUUCUUUUUUAUUUUUUAUUUUUUGGUUGUUGUUGUUGCACGCAAUGAUGGGAGCCGUCUCUUCCUACCCAAAGGAAAAGGCCUUUUUGUGAUUCCUCGUUGUUUUCCUCCAUUUUUAACGGUUUUCAUCGUAUAGAUCUCGAAUGCACAUCCGUUCUUGUGUGCAAGAUCCAUUUCGAUCUUAAAGCCGUUGGUUCGGAGGCCAUCUCGAUCGGUCUACAGGUGUUUGAUCUAAUGCCGAAGAGACGUCAAUGGGACCAUUGAUCGCUCAAUCGUGAUGGGGAAUCUGUGUGUCGUCCCACGCUUCUCCAAGAGUGGAUUCUUCCAAUCCUUGUCCGCUAUUCUGUGGCGCAACCGAUCGAAGCAAGACGCUCUUCCUGUUUCCAAUGGAAAGGGGCAGAAAGGCGAGGCAUCCUUGCCCUCGCCCUUGCCCUGCCCAGCUGAACCAGUCGUCGAAGCGCCCCAACUAAUCAAGAUCCAGGAGAACGGGGCAAAGCCGGCGCCCAUUCGAUCAUCGACAGAUCGACCCGAUAGGCCCACCCAUGCGAAGAGAGGUUCCAGUGUCGCCGGACUGCAAGUCGACUUCGUGCUUAAGCGCCAAACCGAGAACUUGAAGAACCUCUACAGCUUAGGCAGGAAGCUUGGACAGGGACAAUUUGGCACGACAUAUCUAUGCGUAGAGAAGGCGAGCGGAAAGGAGUUUGCUUGCAAGUCCAUUCUGAAGAGGAAGUUGACAAUGGAGGAGGAUGUGGAGGAUGUGAGGAGGGAGAUCCAGAUAAUGCAUCACUUGGCUGGCCACCCAAAUGUGAUCUCAAUCAAGGAGGCUUAUGAAGACGCAGUGGCUGUUCAUGUUGUGAUGGAGCUCUGUGCAGGCGGUGAAUUGUUUGAUAGAAUCAUUCAAAAGGGCCAUUACACAGAGAGGAAGGCGGCAGAGCUUGCAAGGGUGAUCGUAGGAGUUGUGGAGGCUUGCCAUUCCAUGGGAGUCAUGCACCGCGAUUUGAAGCCCGAAAAUUUUCUCUUCGUUAACCAAUUGGAGGAUGCACCCCUCAAAACAAUCGACUUCGGAUUGUCUAUUUUCUUCCGGCCAGGAGAGAUCUUCACUGAUGUUGUCGGUAGCCCUUACUAUGUUGCUCCUGAAGUCCUAAAGAAACGCUAUGGUCAAGAGGCAGAUGUAUGGAGUGCUGGAGUCAUCAUUUAUAUUCUUCUUAGUGGAGUUCCUCCAUUUUGGGCUGAAACAGAGCAAGGUAUUUUUGAAGAGGUAUUGCAUGGUAAUGUUGAUUUUCAGUCAGAUCCAUGGCCUAGCAUCUCAGAGAGUGUGAAAGAUCUAAUAAAAGGAAUGCUCGUUAGGGAUCCCAAGCAGCGGUUGAGUGCCCAUCAAGUUCUGUGUCAUCCGUGGGUGCAAACAGAUGGAGUCGCCCCUGAUAGGCCUCUAGAUUCUGCUGUUCUAUCUCGACUGAAACAAUUCUCUGCCAUGAAUAAGCUGAAGAAGAUGGCUAUCAGAGUGAUUGUUGAACAUCUUUCUGAAGAUGAAAUUGUUGGCCUUAGAGAAAUGUUCAAGAUGAUAGACACGGACAAUAGCGGGCAGAUAACAUUCGAAGAACUCAAAGUUGGAUUAGAGAGGGUUGGUGCAAAUCUAAAGGAGUCAGAAAUCUAUGCACUUAUGCAAGCGGCAGAUGUUGAUAACAGUGGAACUAUUGAUUACGGCGAGUUUGUUGCUGCAACUUUGCACCUAAACAAGAUAGAGAGGGAGGACCAUUUGUUCAAGGCCUUCUCCUACUUCGACAAAGAUGGGAGUGGAUAUAUAACUCAAGAUGAACUGCAACAGGCUUGUGAAGAGUUCGGCAUAGCCGAUGUCAAGCUAGAGGACAUGAUUAAAGAAGUUGAUCAAGAUAAUGAUGGACGAAUAGAUUACAAUGAAUUCGUAGCCAUGAUGCAUAAAGGAAACAAUGGACUCGACAAGAAAGGGAUGCAAGCGAAUUUCAGUAUUGGUUUUAGAGAUGCAUUGAAGAUUGGUUGACAAGGAAAUUUUGCUAAGAUUUCUUAUCAUUCUUUUUGUUUCUUUGUUUGUAACUAUUAUCGAGAGUUUUAGGAGCUAAAGUUGUAUUUUGUUGUAUGUAUGGAUGAUUAUCAGUGCAAAAUAGUUUGGAGUUACGUAUACUUAAUU